AUGGAUGAGUUUCCAUGCCGGCCUCAAAGGCCAUCACUUUACGACUUUGGUUUGCCUGAUCUCUGGAAUCUUAAGUGGGAAAGAACCAGAAGCCUGAUCAUGGAUGAGUUUCCAUGCCGGCCUCAAAGGCCAUCACUUUACGACUUUGGUUUGCCUAACCUUGGGAAUCUUAAGUGGGAAAGAACCAGAAGCCAGGCCUCAGACUACCCAAUACCUUGUUGGCAGGAUCCGACCAGAUUUCCCAAAACUUCCGUAAUGCCAUCCUCAUCCUCUUCAUCAAGGUCAGGGUGGUCACAAAGACAGUUACCUAAAUUUGGUUGUGCUCUUUCACCAUAA